CUCACUACUGUCUCAGGUAUUCCAUUUCCGACUCACAAAACGAAGCUCAACAAUGGAGGACAAUGGCGCCCUCUCACCUUCAAUGCUCGUCCCUCUUCGAAUGCUAUCCUCCGCCCACCACGGCUGCGAUUCCUCCCUCCACCGCCAACUCGCCAUUGUGCCCCCUUUCACCACCACCACCACCGCCAUCACCACGUCACAGUUUCACCUUCCAGAAGGUUGGGAAGUGGAGAAGGUUCGCCGCCCCAACGGCGGCCAAAUCGACAAGUAUUACUAUGAGCCGGAGACUGGACAGAAGUUUCGAUCACUAAAAGCUGUUGAGAGGUACCUAACAGGAGAGGAAUACACACAGCCACGCAAGAGACUGAAAUUGCGUAAUCAUGUUAGGAGGUCUGGAUCACGAAAAAUGAUCGUUUCGCGGGGAAUGUUAUUGAGGCUGGAGGAGGAUGAAUCUAACCAACGGCAAUUAGCAGUUGUGGCCCCCACCAUUGCUGCAGCUACUUCGCCCUUCGUUCUCCCUGAUGGUUGGAUUGUGGAGGAGGUACCCCGUAAGUGCGGGGGUUACACCGACAAGUAUUAUUAUGAACCAGGGACUGGACGGCAAUUCCGAUCCCUGAUUUCUGUUGAGAGAUACCUAGCAGAAGUGGAAGAUAAUGCACCUUUGUCCCAGGUGUUUGAAUUGUGCCAGGACAAUGCACCUCUAUCCCAGGUGCUUAAAUUGUGCAGUCGUGUUAAGAAUUUUGGUUCACGGAAGAAAAUUUCCAGAGAUAAGGUGAAGAUUUCAACAUCAGAUUCUGACAAGCCACCGGCUAAAAUCAAUUGGGUUCUUGCUGAUCAUGGAGGGUGUACAUGGAAUCCUUUCACAGGGGAAUCAAUGGUUCCAGAACCUGUAAAACAACAAUGGGCCAAUAGAUUUACGCUAUCCAUCAAUGAUGGAAAUUGUGCUGCACCAGAUUUUGAAUGGUGAAGGUACAGUUCGGAGUAAUGUUGCCAUAGAAUAUACAUCCUGAUAUGAUCACGAACAUAGUCUCUUUGUGGGAAUCUCCAAUGUGUUGAUUAAAAUCUUAAAAGCUCAUUGGACGUCUUCGAUGCAAUCUUUUUUGCAGUGAAAAUGAUUUGCGGCAGAUAAACUCUCAGGGGAAAUGCUAGAUCAAGGAAACUCAGCUCAAUUUUGUGGGAGGCUAGAUCACGGCUGAUGUAAAUUGGGUUGUGUUUUUUGACUUUGUACAGUCUUUAGUCGUAGUUGUUAACUUUGGUUAUCCCCUAACCACUCUAUAAAUUUUGUUGAUCUGCCACCCUCACUGGCCUUGUAAAGAAAGACUAUGUCAAUUUUCGAGGUUCAGCUGAGAUAGAGUUUCUAGUAAAAUGUUAAUUUAGUUUUGCUUUGGUUU